ACGACAAUUUCAAACGACUAAGCAGGAAAUACACAACAAUGAAUCAGCGACGGGGCCAUUCGCAUGGAUUCCUAAUCUACCUGUCUCUGCUGGCCCUUUGGCGUGGACGUUCUGAAGCAGAGGUGUCAGGUUCAGAUGCCUUUAAAAACAACAUCACCCUCUUUACACGGAUUUUGGACAGACUGCUUGAUGGCUAUGACAACAGGCUGAGACCUGGUCUCGGAGACCGGGUGACAGAAGUGAGGACCGAUAUCUAUGUGACCAGUUUUGGGCCAGUUUCAGAUACGGACAUGGAAUACACAGUGGAUGUGUUUUUCCGGCAGCGCUGGACAGACGAGAGGCUGAAGUUUCAUGGGCCGAUGAAUAUUCUACGUCUCAACAACCUGAUGGCCAGUAAAAUCUGGACACCAGACACUUUUUUUCACAACGGCAAGAAAUCUGUGGCUCAUAACAUGACCAUGCCUAACAAACUGCUACGCAUCAUGGAGAAUGGCACUCUACUAUACACUAUGAGGUUGACAGUGCAAGCUGAAUGUCCAAUGCAUCUUGAAGACUUUCCAAUGGAUUUCCAUUCCUGUCCACUUAAAUUUGGCAGCUAUGCUUACACUCUGAACGAGGUGACAUAUGUUUGGACACGUAAUGCCACCUUAUCAGUGGAAGUAGCUCCAGAUGGAUCUAGACUAAACCAGUAUGACCUAAUGGGUCAGACGGUUGGCAAGGAAACCAUCAAGUCCAACACUGGUGAAUAUACAGUGAUGACUGCCCAUUUCCAUCUGAAGAGGAAGAUUGGAUACUUUGUUAUUCAGACAUACCUGCCCUGCAUCAUGACAGUCAUCCUGUCCCAGGUGUCUUUUUGGCUAAAUCGAGAAUCCGUCCCUGCACGCACAGUUUUUGGUGUGACUACAGUCCUAACGAUGACCACUCUGAGCAUCAGUGCUCGCAACUCUUUACCAAAAGUAGCCUACGCCACAGCCAUGGACUGGUUCAUUGCUGUGUGCUACGCAUUUGUUUUCUCUGCUCUUAUCGAGUUUGCUACAGUAAACUACUUCACCAAGCGUGGCUGGGCAUGGGAUGGCAAGAGCAUUGUCAAUGAUAAGAAGAAGGAGACAUCUGUUCUGAAAAAGAAUAACGCCUAUGCAGUUGCUGUGGCAAACUAUGCACCCCACAUGGCUAAGGACUCAGCUCUGCCCACGGUCUCUAAGAGUGCCAUACCAGAGGCCAGUAAACCUCAACCUAAAGAGGCCAAGAAGACCUUCAACAGUGUCAGCAAAAUUGACCGCAUGUCACGCAUUAUCUUCCCAGUUCUUUUUGGCAGUUUUAACUUGGUUUACUGGGCCACAUAUCUCAACAGAGAACCUGUUAUUAAGAAUAUGGUCCCCUCCCAAUGACCUACUAGCUAUUGAAGAUACAACUCAAUCAUUCAGUAUAUGCAACAGCAGUAAGCCUAUAUAUUUGUGACAAACACAUUGUGCAUCUCAAAUACCAAACUUUUGAAUAAAUGCUUGAGUCGUUAAAACCUCCUUUAAUCUUUUCACUGCCAGGAAAAUUUAAAGAGAGAUAAUGCAGGUGUUUUAUCAUACAUUAAUGGUACAAAAUAUCUUAUUUUCACAAAUGUUCAGGCAUGAAACUCUGAAUGUUCUUUGAAUUUGUUAUCUGUUAUCAAGUCAGCUUGC